AUGGAUCGUUUUGUUAUAAAACGCGUCUCUGUUCAGUCGUCAAGUACUUGUGCACCUGAUAAAAACACACAGGCCAACGAGCCUGGCUCGAUCAUAAGAGAGGCCGCAUCUACAUCAGCUUCUGAGCCGGCUCCCAAGAAGAAAGUCAAGUCAUGGACAAGGCAAUACAGUGACGAGUUUCUGAAGUAUGGCUUCGUCAAACAUCUCGAAACCAAGCAUCCUAGUCUGGCUACAAAACCAGUUGACUAUUUCCAGAGAAGAAAGGAACAAAUGAAGAUGUCAGUGAAAGUUCUAAAUACAGCAACCACUCUUAAUGACAAAGCACAAUUAGCAUCAUAUUUAGUUUCAUGUCGCAUUGCAAAAGAGAAAGUACCAUACACAUGUGGUGAGAAACUUAUUCUCCCAUCUUACGUGGAUAUAGUGAGCACUAUGCUCGAUGGAAACUGGUGUGACACCUACAGACUGCUGGAGAAUUUGCUAUUCAGCUGGACGAAAGAUCUGAGAUAUACAGGAGUGCUGAAUGACUGCAUAGUUGGAAAAUACAAGCUGAAUGGGCCAAUGCAAAGGAAUUACAACCGAUGGAGCAGCAAAUAUGACUGGAAAAAGAGCGGUGUUGUGACAAAAUUAUCAGAAGCAGCCGUAAUGAUGUAUCCCAGAAAUCUCAGAGGUGUUUUGAAUGACGUGAAAGUUAUCAACACAAUCAAAGGAAGUGCACUUAACAGUCGGUUGUUUGAACUCUUGUGCCUGGAGAUGGGAGCUGAUCAUUCACACCUUUUGUACCAUACGGAAGUUCGAUGGCUCUCCCGCGGGAGAAUUCUAACAAGGGUUUAUGAGCUAAGAAUGGAAAUUCAUAUUUUUCUUCUCGAGAAAAAAUCCACUGCACCUCCAUUCUUUGUGAAGCAGUUUGAACAGUAUUUUCCUGAAGAAAACCUUAAGAACAUAAGAGACAACCAUUGGGUGAAGGACCCUUUUGCAUUUGAAAAACCAGAAGCUGUUAUAGGGCUAAACCUUACACCUGAUGAAGAAAAUGAACUUCAUCUGACAAGUGAUACAUCAUUAAGAAUCAAGAUGCAGUCAUCACCUCUAUCAUCUUUCUGGAUAAGUGUUUCCAAGGAAUAUCCACAUCUAACUACAUUGUCCCAGAGUCUCAGGGUUGUUGGCUGCUGGACCAGUGGCUGUGAUUUGCAGCGGAGGUCUCGGCAAUACAGAGCUAAGUGGUUUGUGUUGCAGCAGACGUGA